GUUUUUCGGGCUGUCAAAUUACACAAACAAAUGUCACAAAAAGGAUUUUUAAUGGUUUUUCAGGGGUUUUCGCUCUAACUAAAUAUAUUUGGGCAGCUUGUCGAGUCAAAGGAAUUUAUAAUAAAUUCAUUAUUCAGCUGCGUUAACAGCUUUGGCGGUUUCCAUUGUACAUCUGUUUCUUACUGUGUUUUUAUAACUGACGAGGUUGGAACCACACGUUAUGAAUAAAUAAACAUGGAUCGAGUUACGGUUUUAGAAGAGGAAAUCGCUAAUCUCCGUAUGAUUUUGCAACAAAAAGAAGCGGAGUUGUACGAGUUGAAGAAAGAAUGUAUUCGGGAAUCACAUGCUCAGUUGGGUUCAACAAAUCAUACAACUCCAGAAUUGAAUAACUUGCUAAAAACACAUUGUAGUGCUCGGCUACCAAAAUGGGCAAUAGUAAGGUACAGUCGUCAAAUCCUUCUCCCAGACAUUGGUGUCAAGGGGCAAGAAAAGCUGUGUUCAGCUCGGGUUUUAGUAGUGGGAGCAGGGGGUUUGGGCUGUCCGGCAGCAGUUUACCUCGCUGGGGCGGGGGUAGGUGACAUUGGAAUAGUAGAUUAUGAUGAUGUGGAAAUAACCAAUAUUCAUAGGCAAAUACUGCACAGCGAGAGAGAUGAGUGUAUGAGUAAGGCUGAAUCUGCUGCACAUAAACUCAGAAGUAUUAACUCUCACAUUAAAGUGACUCCAUAUAACGUUCAGUUGGACUCUUCAAACGCUGUGGAUAUUGCUUCCGGUUACGAUGUAGUUCUAGAUUGUACGGAUAAUGUACCUACUAGAUACUUGCUCAACGACUUAUGUGUCAUGACUGGGUUACCAUUAAUAUCCGGAAGUGCUUUGAAAAUGGAGGGGCAGCUCACUAUCUAUGGAUACCGAGCAGACAGAAAUUGCAAUGAGAAGAAUGCAUCGUACCGCGGUCCUUGCUAUCGUUGCAUAUUUCCUACCCCCCCACCACCUCAAGCUGUUGGUAGUUGUUCCGCCAAUGGAGUCGCCGGACCAGUACCUGGGGUUAUUGGUACUCUUCAAGCUCUGGAAGCUAUAAAAAUGAUCGUGGGUCUAACACAUGAGAAGAUGCUUAUUGAAAGAAUGCUUCUCUUUGAUGGAGAGGACAUGACCUUUAAAAUUGUGAAUCUCAGAGGUCAGAAUCAGCAAUGCGCAGUUUGUUCACAAACACCCAGCAUCACGCGGCUAAUAGACUACGAGGCGUUCUGCAAAUCCCAGGCCAAAGAAAAGCCCAUAACAUUACCAGUAACAGAGCGGCGUCGGGUAGAAAAGCAAAAACGCAUGACGGGCAAAAGUUACUACGGCUUCCGUAAAACGGAUCGCGACAAACGCGCCUGGGUGCAAGACGUGCCUAAAUCGGAACGCAAGAUCGGCCCACCUUGUUCCUCCGACCUCUGUCAGAAAGGGACGGCACGACACUGCAACGAAUUCGACGAGGAAGCGAGAAAGGAGAUGUUCCGUCACUUCUGGCACGAUUUGGAUUGGAAAGGGAAACGAGAUUACGUUAAAACGCUGGUAGAUGUCGUACCGCCCAAAAGAAGAAGGAAAAAAGACGCUAUAUCGAGGAAAGGCGAUUCUAAACUCUAUCACUUGAGGAAUAAAGGCGAACGUUUACUCGUGUGUCGUUUGAUGUUUCUAAACACUUUAGGUUUGAAAGAAGCUAUGCUCAGAAGUUGGUUAACGUGCACAGAUAAACCAAGAUCACCGAAGAAGCCUUUGAAAUCUCUGAACGUAGACUCUUAUAUAGACGCGUUACCCGUUUGUCCACCGAAAUGCGAAAUAUGUAGGAAUUCUUGCGUACAAAUCAGAUAUUUGAACUUGAGUCAUGUGAAAAAUAUCUAUCAGUUAUACGUAGAGUAUAUGAAGGAAAUGAAAAGUAGGAAUAUAAGUCCAGCUUCGAGAAAGACGUUUUGUAAAGUUGUCAGUUUGAGGAAUUUAAGAGUUUUUAAGCCGAAGAAUGAAAACGAUGUAUGCGAUUUGGUUAGCCAACACAAUGCGAUUCCAAGUUACAGUUAUCAGAAUGUAGAUAUAGGGAAGGAAGGUUUGAAUCAUGAUAUGCCGACUGAGUAUUUUUACGGGGAAGAUCAGUUGUUGCUUUAGUAUACAAUAUUGUACUAUGAGAGAGUAGAAUGUAAAUAUGAGCGUUUUUUUGGAAGUGGCAAAUGAGAUAUACCAAUUUGCCCCCUCCUACUUAACUACAUUGAUAUGUUUAAAUGUAAAGAUUUUUUUUUUACUAGUAAAAAUUCUACGCGGACCUGGCAGCAGACGGGACUCGAACCUUUCGCUAUCCGGGCGAAUGCACU